AUGUCAACUAACAUCGAUUCCACAACAUACGAACCACUUAUUCAGCCAACUCGCAGCUCAAAGAUCAGAAAAGAAGCAAUUCUCGCUAUUGCUACUGUAGGUUUAAUAGCUGUUGGCUUCGCACAAAUGUUUGGACAAUCUGAUAGUCAAGAUUUUCUUGGAGCUAAAAAUCAGAUGUCACUCAUUGGAGUCUCUCAGUAAAUUAAUAUUCCAGGUGAAAAAUUCAUCGAUGUAUAUGUCGAUUCAAAUCAAAUCAUUGGUCUUACCUAUGGUUUCUUAAGAUCUAAUUCUGUUUUGUAUAAAGCAAGAGCUUAUAACCCCAUAGAUAGAACAUGGCGUGACUCUAAUAUGGAACAUAUUGUCUCUGAUUUCAAGGUAAAUGAGUAGGAAAAAAGAAUAUUUUUGAUUCAUGAUAACACUAAUAAACUAGUCGUUUUCCAACCUGAUGGCUCCUAUUAUAAUUGCGAAUAAAUCUAAGACGCAGCUCUUGAUAGUAACGGAACUAUCCACGCAAUUAUAAACAGAGAAGAAACUAGUGAUACAUAUGAAAAAUUGCGUGCAGAUAAAAGUGGUGUGAAAUUCUACGAUAGUUAUUUAUAUAAAAACAUUGAAAUUUAUUAAGACAAACCAGUCCUUGUAACAGAGGAUGGAAACUUAAAAGCCUUCUAAUAACUUUGUGUUAGAGAAAUCAGUGCAAGCUAUCAUAAUGGCGGAGGACUUUUCGCCUUAGGUUGUGAAUCGUAGGAAUCAGACUCAUCUCUCUACUAAUUAAUGAGAUGGAACAACAAUCUUAAUGACUGGCAAAAUAUUGAUAAUGUUUUUGCUGAAAAGAUUGCCACCUAUUCAAAUAAUGUGGUAUAUAUCUACAAAUAAUCACAAAUAUUUGAGAUAACAAUCAAUGAAUGA